AUGCGUCGCCGCGGAAAGCUGGAACUGGAACUGGAACCUGAUCCUUGGAACCAGCUCUGCCCUUGGGGGGCGUCGACUAGGUACUGCGGGGAAUCGUGCGCCCGUGUGUAUCCGUACAAAGCGGCGGCAGAGUCCGGUCAAGUGUUCCGUUCCUUGGCCUUGGCCCAUGGCCCUGCUGGCAAAAGCUCGGGAGCCGAAAGCAGCUCUGGCCGCUUGCCAUUGGAUCGUGGCUUCAACUUCGGCCCCGCCGUUGGCCCCAAUUGGGUUCCGGCGAGGUCCCGAUCAUCGAUUGCCUCUCAUCUCUCAUGUCGCUCGCUCGAUUUUCUCGCCCGUUUCUCCCUCACCGAGUUCCCUGCCCACUGCUAUUCGUUCUGGCCUGGUCUGCUGCAGCUGAGAGUCUCCGGCGCUUCUCCCGGCUCAAGUCGUCUGCAUGCUGCCACCCCAUGUCUCCUGCUCCCCAUCAAGCAGAUUCCCCCAAACCUGGGCCCCCGUGGAAGUCCGCAUAUGCCCCAGGGGAAAUUUUCCCCCAAGUUUGGGACAUGGGAUAAGGUAUUCGGACAACAACCAUAUCCAUACCCAAGGCACCCAGGCGGCCAGGCCACCACGCGCGAGACUGACGCUGGCGGCGGCUCACCACCCACUGCACUCGCAGGGCUCUGA